CCAGUAGUAUAAAUGCUUCUUACGCUCAAGAUCAGUGAUAUUUUGCUCACCUUAUCAUUACCACCACCAUGUCGUGGAAAAUAUUGUUCUCGUUUGGAUUUAUUUAUCUCUCCCUUCUGAUAAAUCCCUCAACCCCCCAACUAGCGCUACCAUCUCCUUCACCCAUCUCCGAAAUUCAGCCAUCCCUUGCCAUCUAUUCCCCCACCGGAAACCCACCUUGCUUCGUCCUUCCCACAAGCACAUCAAACUCUCCAGCUUCCUACAACUCGAAAGACUUUGUCAUCAUUGCAGGUGGUCAUGGGGCUUGGCUCGUCCCACGCGUAGUCUUCAUCACCCACUCGUUCAAAGAAAAUGGUGACACGCCAUGGCUCCACGUCCUGAAGAACGCUAUUCUGCAGGCACAACCACAAACGACGGUUGUCCUUGUGGGAUGGGGCGGUGGAGCUGAUUCUCCAUUCAUCAAAUAUGACAAAGCUGCUGGAAAUAUCAAAAGUGUGGGGGCAUGGUUGGGAGAUAUUGCUGACGAGCUGAAGAGACUUCAUCCGCACUUGCACAUUUGGGGGAUAGGCAACUCUCUCGGUGCUCAUCUCUUGGGGGUGGCCGGACGGAGAAGUAGGGCUUGGGACAGGAUUACCGGGAUUGAUCCGGCAGCACCACUUUUUCACGGGGAAAGAAAUAAGGAUGUCCGAUUACAAAUUGGGGAUGCUAAUCUUGUUGACGUUAUCCACUCGGACGGCUGUAGUAGCAAGACGACGCCAAACUGUUGGGUGGCUCUGAACAAUCAUUACGCUUUGUUGGAGCCGAUGGGGACGAUUGACUUUUAUCCGGGAUACGGCGAACUUAACCCGACGCAAAGUCCGAUGGACAUUGAUAAAAGUCAUACGAGAGGAGUUUACCUCUUUAUUGUGAGUGUGAUGAAUAAAGGACUUUUUAGGACAAACAUGACGUUGGAAGGAAACCCAAAUCCCGGUCCGAUAGUACCGGGACAGCGCAGUUUAACAAUUAUUAAAAAUGUGGAUGUCACUGCUGAAAUGGGGUUUUGGCUCGAAAUGGGAUUUAUCCCACGACCGGUCGACUCGAGGACUAAUUUCUACAUUGCGCCGGAAACUUUAAAGGUUUUGAGCAGUAUGAAUGACCUGACGAAGAUAGGAGGAGGAGGAGAUGGCAGUGUCAUGCUCAUGGGUGGGAGGCGGAGGCGAGAAUUGGUGCGAAUGGUGGAUUGUACUAUUGUGCCAAAUUGUGGGGAUAAGGCUAUGGCUGGACUUGACACUCUUGGAGUACUUUUACUUUGUAUGAUAUUCGGGAGGUCUUUGGACGGCAUAUUUUAAAUACUUGAUCAAUUAAUGUUUGUUAUUUGGAUUCAAAAUGUACCAAAAUCAUGAAAUAAAAAAUAUAAAAAUGUUGUAUUAUUAUAAGUG